ACUCCCACCUUUCCCUAUCUCAUGGCGGUUCUGAACGCUUUCUCUCUUUCCUUCUUCUUCUUGGUUUUCGUCACUUUUGUUGUUUCCAUUUCCAGUGAGCCUCUUCCCCAACCUGUGGUUUCUUCCACUGAUGUUGAACUCCUAUUGUUCAAAAUCAAGUCUUCACUCCAAGGAAACACCAAUGGAGAAGAAAACCUUGUCUUAUCUUCAUGGAACUCUUCAGUUCCACUAUGUCAAUGGAGAGGUCUCAAAUGGAUCUUCUUCAGCGGCACACCGUUGUCAUGCACUGAUCUCUCAUCACCACAAUGGACCAAUCUCUCACUCCACAAAGACCCUUCUCUUCACUUACAAUCCCUUCAGCUUCCUUCCGCAAAUCUCUCUGGUUCUCUCCCCAGAGAGCUUGGUGAAUUUCCAUUGCUUCAAAGCCUCUACCUUAACAUUAAUUCCUUGAAAGGAACGGUUCCUCUUGAAAUUGGUUACAGUACCUCAUUAUCUGACAUUGAUUUUGGUGAUAAUCUUUUGACUGGGCAGAUUCCUGCUUCAAUUUGGAAUCUUUGUGAUAGACUUGUUUCUCUUAGGGUUCAUGGAAACUCCUUCUCUGGGAAUGUUCCAGAACCUGCAUUGCCUAACUCUUCUUCUUGUAAGAGUCUUCAGUUUCUUGAUUUGGGUGAUAACAGAUUCUCUGGGGAGUUUCCUGAGUUUGUUACGAAGUUUGGUGGGUUGAAGCAGCUUGAUUUAGGGAACAAUAUGUUUGUUGGUUCAAUUCCUCAGAGCUUAUUUGGGCUAAAGCUUGAAAAAUUGAACCUUUCUCAUAAUAACUUCAGCGGGGUUUUGCCAAUUUUUGGGCAGAACAAAUUUGGGGUUGAUGUGUUUGAAGGGAAUAGUCCUGACUUGUGUGGACCACCUUUGAGAAGUUGCACCAGAAACUCUGCACUGAGUUCUGGUGCAGUUGCUGGCAUAGUUAUUAGUCUUAUGACUAGUGCAGUUGUUUUGGCUUCUUUGUUGAUUGGUUAUAUGCAGAACAAGAAGAGGAAGGGUAGCGGAGAGAGUGAAGAUGAGUUGAAUGACGAAGAGGAAGAUGAUGAGAAUGGUGGUGGUGGUGGGGCUGGUGAUGGUGAUGGGGGGGAAGGGAAGCUUAUGAUAUUCAGCGGCGGCGAGAAUUUGACGUUGGAUGAUGUGUUGAAUGCGACUGGACAAGUCAUGGAGAAGACAUGUUAUGGGACUGCUUAUAAGGCGAAGCUUGCUGAUGGGAGCACCAUUGCUUUGAGGUUGUUGAGGGAAGGUAGCUGCAAGGAUAGGAACUCGUGCUUGCCAGUUAUAAAGCAGUUGGGCAAGAUUCGUCAUGAGAACUUGAUUCCUUUGAGAGCCUUCUAUCAGGGGAAGAGAGGCGAGAAGCUCCUUAUUUAUGACUAUUUUCCUCUUAGAACCCUUCAUGAGCUUCUUCAUGAAACUAAAGCAGGAAAACCAGUGCUGAACUGGGCUAGGCGACACAAGAUCGCAUUGGGAAUAGCGAGAGGGCUGGCCUAUCUUCAUACAGGACUUGAUGUACCGAUCACUCAUGCGAAUGUAAGAUCCAAAAAUGUGCUAGUGGACGACUUCUUUGUUGCGAGGGUCACUGAUUUUGGCCUUGAUAAGCUGAUGGUUCCUUCCAUAGCCGACGAAAUGGUAGCACUUGCUCGGGCAGACGGCUACAAGGCUCCGGAACUUCAAAAAAUGAAGAAAUGCAAUUCCAGGACUGAUGUUUAUGCAUUUGGUAUACUGCUGCUGGAGAUUUUGAUUGGGAAGAAGCCAGGGAAAAACGGAAGAAAUGGAGAGUUUGUUGACUUGCCUGCGAUGGUGAAAGUGGCGGUUUUGGAAGAGACAACAAUGGAAGUGUUCGAUGUGGAGCUCUUGAAAGGAAUAAGAAGUCCGAUGGAAGAUGGCAUGGUGCAGGCACUGAAGCUGGCGAUGGGAUGCUGCGCACCGGUGGCGGCAGUUAGGCCGAGCAUGGAAGAAGUUGUGAGGCAGUUGGAGGAGAACAGACCAAGGAACAGGUCUGCAUUGUACAGCCCUACAGAAACAAGAAGUGGAAGUGUUACCCCGUUUUGAGAGCUCUGAAAUUUUCAGAAAAUGUACGUUUAGUUAAACUCACGGUUUCUCCCUUUCCCUCUCUCUCUUACAUUUACUUAAAGUUGUGUAUCUGUUUCAUUUUAAUUUAAGGGUAGUGAAUGAAUCAUAUGAUGAUGAUCUAGAGCAUGUAAUAUUUUUUAAUCAAACUGAGUUUAGGUACUCCUGAUUAUUUUUA